UUCAGGGGUUAUUUGGUCGGGUUAGCUGGGGCCCGAGUGGGUUUCGGGCCUCUGGGCUGUGGCGGCGGCGAGACUGAGGGUGGCGGAAGAACUUGGGGGACCCGGCCUCCGGCGCUCGGGCCCGGGGAGCUACGCCCUAGGCUGGGUCCCAACCAUCGAAAAGGACGCAUUUUGCCGCACAGGCUAAGAUGGCGGCGGCGGCCGAGGAGGCGGAGUUGGUGCUACACAAGGAGCCCGGGCCCUGGGUUCGGGGAGGCGGCGGCCGCGGCGGCCGCGGGGGGCCGCGGAGCCUGAGGUCUGAUUCCCUGGCCUUUGUGUCCCUGGGAGCUUACUCUCUGCCAGAGGAGAGCAGGUGUGCUCCACUCCUCCCGUGAACCUGAAGAUGAGUUGCCCCCGACCCUUCUCAGUGAUUGGAGACUUAGGUGGUGGAGCUAAAGGUUUCUUGUUACCAGACUUCCGCAGACGACUCUCGUGUUGGGAUCCAUCCAUGGUUUAGCAACAUAGGUGGAAAAGUUUUUCUCGAACUGUUGAAGUAAUUUUUACGUAAAUAGAGUUGUUACAAAACUUUUCUGUUUAGACUUGAGAUUUUGUAUGAUCAUUUUGCUCAACCCGGGGAUCAACACGGUUAGAGGCUUGAAAUGAUGGUCCUGUGUUGUAUACAAGUUGAUAAUUUCAACGGAAAUACCAAAACACCAUCCGCCUGUUUGGGCCAGUCCUGACUAAGGCCAAGCCUUUUGCAUCUGGAUGAUAGAUUAGAUUUGCCUUAAUCGUGAAUUCCCUCCCUGCAGUAAGUUUACUGUACUUACAUUCUUUUGGUCCCACAAGAAGAAAGCAUUUCAAAAAAUAGACAAGUUCCACAAGGAAAGGAAGCCUGCUAUUUUACCUUCAGUGCCAUGUGUAAGUAUCCAGGGAACUUGAUGGCAGCAACCAUGUAGGCUGGGUAAGAAAAACUAGUUUUAUAUUGAGGUUAUAAGUUAGCUAACGAAUCAUUUUAAUGGGUGAAACAUGAAGAUUUGACUAGUAUUAAUGCAGUGGUAGGUAUACCUGCCACUGGUAAAAUCGAGGUGAUUUGAGUUCUUGGAUUUCUAGCAAUUUAAAGUUAUACCGCACUAAUGUCGUAAUAUUGGUAUUGACUGAUAGCAAAGCACAAAAUUUUGAAACAGCUAAUGUUUUCUUUUUGCCAUUAACAACAAAAUUACUUGAAGGGAUAUUUAAACACAUUGGGAGCACUAACUUUGUUUGGAUCUCUGUUCAAAUUGAAAUUUGAACUUUUCACCAUUACUUAAAAGUCAUUUUCCUUGUUUAUUUUUUUAGAUAUAUAGCUUCUCUUUUUAAGUUAGUUUUUCCCAAUAGAGCACUAUCUUCUUUUAGUAAAUGGGAGAUGCAUUAAUAUUAGCAGUGUAUUCCUUGAUCAGUUUUACAGUGGACGAAAUCUCAAAGAGCAACUGCCCUUACCUGCCUUUCAUUAAUAAUCAAUUAUUACUAGUGAUUAUUAUUAGUGGCAUAAUAGAAAAUUUUCUUUCAGCUUCUGCCUCAUUGCUGUUUUCACUUGUCAUACUGCAACCACUUAACCAAUAAUGGCUAAAAAAUGAAACAAAGGAGUGUUGCUGAGAAUCCUUGUUAAUUAAAUACAAUUACAUUAGCAAGAACUCCUGUGACAGUUUGAUUUAAUUUCGAAUGAGAUUGUUCUUGCAGCGAGAUGUUAAUAAGACAAAAACUAGACUAAAUGUGUUAAAUGGGCUUGCCAACAAUAUGGAUGAUUUGAAGAUAAACACCGAUAUUACUGGUGCUAAAGAAGAACUCAUAGAUGACAACAGUUCUAUCUCAGAGAAAGAGAGUGGAGUUCAUAAACCAAAAGAUUGUCAGACAUCAUUUCAAAAAAACAAUACGUUGGCUCUGCCUGAAGAACUAUCAAAGGACAAAUCUGAAAAAGCCUUAAGUGGAGGCCAGUCUGCUCUAUUUAUACAUGCUGGUGCUCCUGCUGUUUCUAGUGAAAACUUUAUCUUGCCUAAAGGAGCUGCUGUUAAUGGACCAGUUUCACACUCCUCCUUAACUAAGACUUCCAAUAUGAAUAAAGGCAGUGUUUCAUUAACCACUGGACAGCCUGUGGAUCAGCCAACAUCAGAAUCUUGUUCAACUUUGCAGGUAGCAGCUGAUCUUCAGCUGUCUGCACCACAGAAAGCAAGUCAACACCAAGUUUUAUUUUUGUUAUCAGAUGUAGCACAUGCCAAGAAUCCAACUCAUUCCAUUAAAAAACUACCUACCUCUACUUCAGUUGGUUGUGACGUUCAGAAUUCAGUGGGGAGUGGUAUAAAGUCAGAUAGCACUUUAAUAAAUCAAGUAGAGGUGGGUGAGGAUAGUGAAGAUUUAUUGGUAAAAGAUGAUUGUGUCAAUGCAUUGACAGGAAUUUCCUCAGGUACAGAUGAAUUUAGGUCAGAAAAUAAUGCAAACUGGGAUCCCCAAAAAGAGUUUAUUCAGUUUCUUAUGUCUAAUGAAGAAACAGUAGAUAAAUCUCCAGUUCAUUCUAAAGUAGGUCUAGAAAAGAAGAGAAAGCGAAAAAUGGAUGUAAGCAAGAUAACUCGUUACACAGAGGAUUGCUUGAGUGAUUCCAGUUGUGUUCCCAAUAAAUCAAAAGUUUUGGAAGUAGACUUUCUAGAACAGAAUGAAGAGCUACAAGCAGUAGACUCACAGAAAUAUGCAUUAUCAAAAGUGAAGCCUGAAUCAGCUGAAGAAGACUUGGAAUCUGUGGAGGCUUUUCAACAUCUAAUUUAUAACCCAGAUAAGUGUGGAGAAGACAGUUCACCUGUUCAUACUAGCACUUUUCUUUCAAAUACCUUAAAAAAGAAAUGUGAAGAGAGUGAUUCUGAGUCACCUGCUACUUUCAGUACUGAAGAGCCAUCAUUCUACCCCUGUACAAAGUGCAAUGUGAAUUUUAGGGAGAAAAAGCACCUCCACAGGCAUAUGAUGUAUCAUUUGGAUGGGAAUAGUCACUUUCGCCAUCUUAAUGUCCCAAGGCCAUAUGCUUGUAGAGAAUGUGGACGGACAUUUCGAGAUCGCAAUUCACUUCUGAAGCAUAUGAUUAUUCAUCAAGAAAGAAGACAGAAGUUGAUGGAGGAAAUUCGUGAAUUGAAAGAACUUCAGGAUGAAGGAAGAAGUGCACGAUUACAGUGUCCUCAGUGUGUAUUUGGUACCAAUUGCCCUAAAACAUUUGUGCAACAUGCUAAAACCCAUGAAAAAGAUAAAAGGUACUAUUGCUGUGAAGAGUGUAACUUCAUGGCAGUGACAGAAAAUGAAUUGGAAUGUCAUCGAGGCAUUGCCCAUGGAGCAGUAGUAAAAUGUCCCAUGGUCAGUUCUGAUAUAGCGCAAAGAAAAACACAAAAAAAGACUUUUAUAAAAGACUCAGUCAUAGGAUCAUCCAAAAAGUCAGCUUCCUACAUAUGUAAGGUGUGUCCUUUUACUACUUCAGCCAGAAGUAUUUUAAAAAAACACAUGGAAUACUUGCAUUCAUCAUCAUGUGUUGAUUCAUUUAGUAGUUCUCUUGGACUUGAUAAAAGAAAAAAUGACAUCCUUGAAGAGCCCAUAGAUGUUGAUGGCACUAAACCAUUAAUCAAACAACAGUCAGCCACUUUUCCAAAGAACUCUGCUUUAAAACAGGAUGUGAAGCGAACAUUUGGAUCAAGCUCACAAUCAAGUAAUUUUUCAAAAUUUCAUAAGCGGCCACACAGAAUACAAAAAGCUCGGAAAAGCAUUGCCCAAUCAGGUGUAAAUAUGUGCAAUCAAAACAACUCUCCUCAGAAGACUGUUAUGAAUAAAAGCAGCAUUGACCAAAAACCUAAGUAUUUUCAUCAGGCAGCAAGAGAAAAAUCAAAUGCCAAGGCAAAUAGCAACUAUUUGUAUAGGCACAAAUAUGAAAAUUACAGGAUGAUCAAAAAAUCAGGUGAAUCAUAUCCUGUACAUUUCAAAAAAGAAACUAGUUCCUUAAAUUCUCUACAUCUGUUUUCAUCAUCAAGUAAUUCACACAAUAGUUUUAUUUCAGAUCCUCAUAACUCUGAUACCAAAAGGCCAGAAAACUUCAAAGACCAUAGGCGUGUAGCUGUAAAGAGAGUGCUUAAAGAAUCUAAGAAAGAAAGUUCUGUUGGAGGAGAAGACUUGGAUAGCUAUCCAGAUUUUUUGCAUAAGAUGACUGUUGUUGUUUUGCAAAAACUGAAUUCUGAAAAGAAAGAUAGUUAUGAAACAGAAGAUGAAAGUUCCUGGGACAAUGUUGAGCUAGGUGACUACACUACACAGGCCAUAGAAGAUGAAAGCUAUAAUGAGAUUAAUCAAGAUCAUGUAAACUUAUUCCCUCUAUUUAAAAGCAAGGUAGAAGGUCAAGAGCCUGGAGAAAAUGCUGCCCUAAGUUACGAUCAAAAUGAUGGCUUUUAUUUUGAAUAUUAUGAAGAUGCUGGAACUAACAACUUUUUGCAUGAGAUUCAUGAUCCUCAGCAUUUAGAAAAUGCAGAAACGUCAUUAUCAAAGCAUAAUUCUGUUUUUCAUUGGACUGAUUUGUCUCUUGAGAAGAAAUCAUGCCCUUAUUGCCCAGCAACAUUUGAAACAGGUGUAGGGUUGUCGAAUCAUGUCCGGGGUCAUCUUCACAGAGCAGGAUUAAGCUAUGAAGCUCGUCAUGUUGUAUCACCAGAACAAAUAGCCACAAGUGACAAAAUGCAACAUUUCAAAAGAGCUAGUACAGGGACACCUGUUAAGCGAGUUAGAAAAGCUGUAGAGAAGUCUGAAACCACUUCUGAACAUACCUGCCAACUCUGUGGUGGUUGGUUUGAUACUAAAAUUGGAUUAUCAAAUCAUGUUAGAGGCCACUUGAAAAGACUCGGAAAGACCAAAUGGGAUGCUCACAAAUCUCCAAUCUGUGUUCUGAAUGAAAUGAUGCAAAAUGAAGAAAAAUAUGAAAAAAUCUUAAAGGCAUUGAACAGUCGUCGUAUUAUUCCUAGACCAUUUGUGGCUCAAAAACUUCCAAGUGAUGACUUUCUAUCUCAAAAUGUUAUACCUCUUGAAGCAUACCGUAAUGGCCUAAAGACUGAAGCUUUGUCAGUGUCAGCAUCUGAGGAAGAAGGGCUUAAUUUCUUAAAUGAAUAUGAUGAAACAAAACCAGAGCUGCCCAGUGGAAAAAAGAAUCAGUCUCUUACACUGAUAGAACUUCUUAAAAAUAAAAGAAUGGGAGAAGAAAGAAAUUCUGCUAUUUCUCCUCAAAAGAUCCAUAAUCAAACAGCAAGAAAGAGAUUUGUUCAGAGAUGUGUUCUUCCAUUAAAUGAAGAUAGUCCACUGAUGUAUCACCCACAAAAAAUGGACUUGACUAUGCACUCAGGUAUGCCUGUGAAGCUUAGAACAUGUGUGCAUUGCAAUACGACGUUUACAAGUGCUGUUAGCCUGUCCAACCACUUACGCGCUUAUGCACGAAAGAAGAGUGCUGGACUUUUGACUGGUACAGCUUUAGAUUGUAAGCAAAAGAAAUCAAGGUCAAGAUCUGGAAGCAAGAAGAAAAUGCUAACAUUACCUCAUGGUGCUGACGAGGUUUACAUUCUCCGAUGCAGGUUUUGUGGACUAGUCUUUCGAGGACCAUUGUCUGUUCAGGAGGACUGGAUUAAGCACUUACAACGACACAUUGUAAACGCUAAUCUUCCACGGACUGGAGCUGGCAUGGUGGAAGUCACAUCACUACUUAAAAAGCCUGCCUCCAUUACAGAAACUUCAUUUUCUCUACUAAUGGCAGAAGCAGCUUCAUAGAACCAGGAAAACCUUUUACAUAGCAAAUUUGAAUUGGAUGUAAAUUUGAAAUUUUUUUUUAAGCCACAUUAAAUUAUCCGUUUACUAAAGCAGCAAAAUGGGGAAAAGUGAAUUCCAGUGACAUCAGAGCAAAUCAAAUACUUAAAACAGUAAGUAGUCUAUAUAUUUUAUAUAGGGUGGAAGAUUGUUUUUAAGGCUUACUAACUUUUGUUGGCUAACCAUGUUUACUCAGUAAGAGAUCAGUACAUGUAAGCAGCCAUUUAUAAACUGUUGCACAUGGAUACUUACAGAUUUAUUGAAAUUAUGUUUCCUUCAGUGUUACCAGAAUCAAGGCUCUGUUUAUUCCCCACAAGACUUGCAUAGAAAAAUAAGAUAUUAUAUUUUGUUUGUAUGUAUUUAGUGUUUUGUAUAAUACCAGGAACUGCUAACUAAAUUUACUCAAUUUAGGGCAUUAAAUAUCAUGUACUUCAUAGUUUGAGACUGUUCAUUCAAAUAGGGCAGAGUAUUAUUCUAUCUAGAUGUGUAAGUGUUUUUUUAAAAUCACAUGGAACGGUUUUUUUUAUACUAAAAAGUGGAGGGAGAUUUGUUUAAACAAGUAUUUCUAAAAGAAAUAUGUACAUAGUCCUGGAAAUUAUUUGUGGUAAGGAAAUAUUCUUUACUCCAGUUGCAUUUCUCAGACAAUAAAGUGGUGCAUCCAUGCUACCUCCUACUUUGUCAACAAAGAUGCUAUUUACCCUUUACAUUUUUGUAUCAUAAUAGAUUUAAAAAAAUCUAAUGUUCUUUAUUGCAAGACAUCUUUUUGUUAACAGAUUUGUUUCUUUUUAAUGUUUUACCUAAAAUUUGACAUGCUUACAGGACAGGUUUGCCUCUUUAUUUAACAUUGUAGAAAUGUAAUUAAUAAACAGUGCUCACUACACAACUUAGAAUAGGCUUUCUCAUUUAUAUUAUCUUCCAAAUUUGAUCAGUUAGCAAAACUUAAUACACCAAUUAAAAUAUUUCUACUUAUGAUGAGAAUGUUUACAAUUUAAAUUUUAGAACUUGUUUUGGAUGUGAUUAUAUGUACAAAAAUCGUGUAACACUAUGCUCAUGCUAAGAACCGACAUAACGGAAUUACUGAAAUAAAUGUGCUGUGAGGAAUGGAAAAUAUGGUGCAGGUGUCUUGGUCAUGAUAAAUUGUGAUUAUCCUUUUAAAGUCUUUUCAAAAACAGAUUAGUUCUUUUUAUCUGAAAUCAGAUUCUUCUACAAAUAGCAGUUUUGUAUGCAAGCACCAUUUUAUUUUAUUUCAUGUAGUUUGGCUAAUACUAUAGUUGAACCCAGGAUAUGCAUUGAUACUAUUCUUCAUAUGUAAAUAAAGUUAACAACAGUUAAAAUAAGGAGUAUUUUGGUAGAGUAUAUACAUACCUCACUGCCAGUGAAAUCGCUUUCUAUGGUAUAUCCUUACCAGAAAAAUCUCUAAAUAAAAAAAACUUAAAAUGAUAAUGUCUAUAAUGUGAAACAUUUAUUUUUAUCAUGGAUGGAAAUAGUCCACUUAAAGUUGUUUCAUUUUUAUUCAAAUUGUUUCUCUUUAGCAGGUUACUAUGUUCACAGGAUUCUCUCCCCUUUCAUAAUUAAUUAGACCUCUAAAUCCAGAACCAUUUUAAAUCUGAAAUUAGGAGAUUGAUUCAUGAGUCAUUCCUAGCCAGACUCCUGAUUUCUGGGGCAAGUAGAUAAGGACAGGGUGAUGUAAGUUAUUUGCAGUUUUGCAAAUGGCCUGAUAGAAACUGCACUUAUCUAUAAUGGGGAGACUAAAACAUCAAAUAUCAUUACUUUUGACUGAAAAUAUGCCUAGUCUCUGUAUACUGAUUAUAUCUUAUUGAACAGUGUUUAUUGAUAGUUAUAUGUAAUUUUUUAUAUUGGAAGACAAACUACGUAGGAAGUAGAGUUCAGAAGUUUUAAAAAAAGAAAAUAUAGGGUUCCUGGUGGGAAGGCUAGCAAUCACUAGUACCACUUUUAGCCUUAUUCUUAUAAUUGUAUGAUUUUUGUCUCAUCAAGGUAAUUACUAAGAUGUGUGAAUACUAGUAUCUGAGUGAGUUUGGCCACAGUUUCAUAAUCAAACCUAUGUUAAAUUUUUUGUUUAUUUUAAAAGUAAUUGUUUUUCCUUCUAGAUGUAAGAAGAAUUCAUCAUAAAAUAGAAUAAUUUAAAUUAGAAACAGUAAAACAAGGUUUCUAAAAAGUAAAGAACAUCUUUCAUAGUAAAGAUACUUGGAUUACAAAAUUUAACAAAUUCUUUAGGACAUAGUCACAGUUCACCUUUUAUUUGGCAAGUGUAAUGUUAAUGUGCUUUCAUUUAGAUUCCACUAGAAGAAGGAGUAUAAAACAUCAACUUACAUGAUAGGUCUUUAUGUCAACAUAUUAUGUGGUAUUAAUUUAAUAACAAUUUAUUCUCAGUGUUAACUAAUUUUAAUUAUUUUAUCAUUGCCUAGAUAUGUAAACUUCUUUAGCUAUAGGACCUUUUUUAAUAUAAAUCCAAUCAGAAGAGUUGAUUUAUUUAAUAGCAACAAGACAAAAAAGUUCAUUUCUACACAGUAAUGUUUUCUAUUUUGCUUCUUUAGAAUAUAAGAAUGGUGGCUUAACUCAUAUCUUUAUUUUAGGUUUCACUUAAUUAUGGUAUAGGGAGAUGAUAAUUUUUCAGUAAUAAUUUACUAUGCAAACUUUUCUUGAUCAUAUACAUAAUUUCUCAGGGACUGUACAGUUAGAACAUAUUAGAUAUUAGUCAAAUGUUUUUUCAUAAGAAAGUGUAAUAUAUGCUCAUUUUCAAAAUGUUAAAAUGAAAAAAGGAGGAAAUCACCUGUGGUAUCAUCACUCAACAUCUACUUUUAACAGCUUAUGCAUUUCUUUCUCAUAUUAUCUCAGUAGUUAUGAUCAGAAUGUACUAAAAUACAUCCUUUUUUCCUACAUUGGUUUCUAAAUUUGAGGGCUGCAUUGCAUAAACUAGUUUUUGAAUCUUAUACUUGACUGUGACAAAAACCAGUCAGCAUCAAUAAUAUUUCAAAUUAUGGAUUAGAAUAGAAUUGAUUAUCACCUCUGCUGCAGAACAUAGCUUUCAUAUUAAUUUCAGCAGUGGGAGCUUGCUUUCGUAUUUUGAGGAUCAGCCAAGUUCAGUCACAGAUCUUCAAAUAAUACCUUUAAGUUCUUAGUCCUUUGGAGAUAAGUAGAACCUGAGUUGUUCUGAUUUUCACAAAUUUAUUAAGUAAUGCCUUCAAUUGCUUAAACAAACAAGAAUAAUAAUGAAACUUACAAGAUUGAUCUCAUACUACAUGGUUGUUACUAGAUUAGGCCAAAAAUCAGGAUGUACAAAGAGUACAGAUAAUCUAAUAAAUUACCAAUUUGUUUCCUUGUAAAAAUUUUAGACACUAAAAAGAAAAAAAAAAAACAUAAAAUUCCCUGACAUUAAACAUUUGUUAUAAACUUCACUAUUCUUAUUUCUGCUUAUAGACUUUUUCGUUUUCAAAAAACAUGAGCCCUGCUAUAUAGAACUUGACACUGAAUUCUGUUUAAAGAUUUAUUUAUUUUUAAAAUUUAUUUGAAAGGCAGAGACAGAGAUCUCCAAUCCUCUGGUUCAUUCCCCAAAUGGCCACAAAGGCUGGGACUGGGCCAAACCAAAGCCUGGAGCCCAGAGCUGCUUCUGGGUCUCCCACAUGGGUGCAGGGGCCCAAGUACUUGGGCCAUCUUCUGCUGCUUUUCCCAGGUGUAUUAGCAGGCAGCUGGAUGGGAAGUGGAGCAGCCAGCUCUCAAACUGAUGCCCAUGUAGGAUACUGGCGUUGCAGAGGCUUAACCUACUAUGCCACAGUGCUAGCCCAAUAUUGUAUUCUCUUAACAAUAAAUCCAUGGACAGUUUUGUGCCACUAAAUAUUCUUUAUGAAAUAUCCUUUUAAUUUUUGCAUGGUAUUUAUUAUACCAUAUAUAAUUACUUCUCUGUUGAUCAUAAAGAUGAGUUUCUACAAGAUCUAACAGUUGAAUAUUGUUCACUUAGUUGUGGCUUUGUAUAUGAAUUUCUAAAUUGUUUUUCCGAAAGGUCAUAUAACUGUUUAUUCUUGCCUACAGUUUAUGAGAGUAAAUGGCUUGCAAAUCCUCUAGUCCUUGUCAUUAUAUUCUUCCAAACAAAAUAAAACUGUUAGGUAAGAAGUGAUACCUUAUGAAAACAAUGAAUGUGAACUUUUGAUUUUACAGGUAUUAGAUAUCUAACUUAAGAUGUUAAGUAUAUAAUAUGAAUAAUUAUGUUCUGCUAGAUAAUGUGUCUAAAGUAACUUCAACUCUGAUAUCAUACUUGGCUACUGGGACAAUAGAGAAUGUCCUUAACCUGUAGUAUUUUCAAGAGAUCUUUACUGUUUUAUUGAUUCCAACAUUUUUUGUGUGUCUCUGUGUUCAUUUUUCUGAGAGUUCUGUAGCACUUGUCAUAUACUCAAAUUGGUCUGUGACCCCUGCACCCUUCCCCCAAAAAGUAAAGAGUAACUAUUUUGAAAGUAAUACAUGUCAUCAUGUCAACUGUCAAGUGGUUUAUGUUUUUGAGAAUAAUUCUACACAAAUUCUAAUUAAAAUUAACCCUCAAAAUCUUACGGUAUAGGGUUUUGUUUUGUUUUUGCAUGGUGGCGGAAAAGAGAUAUUGUGAACUAUUUGUAUCUUCUGACAAGUUUGUAGAAGAUUGUUCAGAAAUUUGUUCUUACAAGUUGUUUGAUUUCUUAAAGAUACCCAAAGAGUUGGUUCUUUCUUAAGCUUUUAAGGUCAAACUCUUGGAUUUUUUUUUCUGUUGUUGAGUUUGAGUAGUAAAUUUCAGUGAGUAUUUUUAAGUAAGAAGCUUUUAGAAAAUGUUUAGUUUCAUUUAUAAUUUAAUUAAACUUGAUAUUUUCAAGUGCAUUUAUAAAUUCAGUAUAUUGAUUCUGUUUCAAGAACCUCAGUUUCCUAAUUUAAAACCUCUGAAGUAUGUAAAUAUCUCUUGCAAAUCAAUAAAUUAAACUCUGUAAUAUGUAGAACCUUGAUUUCUCUUAAGUAUUUCAGUGCCUCAUAUAACUUUAAAAUUUCUACUUUAAAAUCAGAAGUAAAAGUUGAUUACUCAUCUAUACACAUUUUAAAUUGGAUUUAGAAGGCUGAACUAUUAGUCUUACAAGCCAGAUUUCUUAUAAAGUAUACACAAAUUGCCUCUUGUUUAAAUCAUUUCCUUGUGAGAUAAAGUACAUAAACAUGUUAGUUUUUUGUUUUUUUAAAUAUUUAUUUUAUUUGAAAGAAGAGAGAGAGCUUCCAUCUGCAAGUUCACUCCCCAAGUGGGUGCAACAACACGGGCUGGGACAGGCCAAAGCCAGGAGCUUCUUUGGGGUCUCCCACAUAGGUGCAGGGGCCCAAGCACUUGGGUCAUCUUCAGCUGCCUUCGCAGGCAUAUUAGCAGAUGGGAAGUGGAGCAGCCAGGAAUAAAAUUGGUGCCCAUAUGGGAUGCCAAUGCUGCAGGCAGCAGCUUAACCUGCUACACCACAGCGCUGGCCCCAGUGUGUUUCUGUUUAAAGAAAUAUUUUAAUUUCUAUAAAAGGACAAGAUACAGAACAUUGCCAGAACCCCCCCAGUUCUCUCUUUACCUUUUCCACUAUUCUCACUUUUCUAAAAACCAUUUGUUUGCUUUUCUUAACAGUUAACCUUCUAUGAGUGAACCUAGUUUAAUUUUGGGUCCUAGGAUAGCCUCUUCCUUCAGAGGAUUUGCAUUUCUUCCUGCAGAUGUCCAGGAAUGUUAAUUGUUUAGAAUACCUUAAUCUGAGCUCAAAUUUUGAGUUUACCUGGACUACUCAGAUGACCCAAAUUCAGGCUAUAAGAGCUGCAUUAUAGGAAGAAUGGGAUACAUCUAGUUUAGCUUUUACUUUGUGGAUAUAAUUUUAUUCUCCUAGAGCCCAUGAUACUGUUGGAAGUACAACUCAGUUUCAUAGCUGUUUAUUACGAUAGUAAAUAUCCUCAUGGUAGAAGGGAAAAGUUUCUCUCCUGGAUAUCUUCACUGAGUUUUUGGCUUCUCUUAGCUGUUUGACUCAGUAAUUUUUCACUAACUUGUUAAUUCUUUGAUACCUGUAUUGUUUUCUUUUUAUUAACCCAGCAUUUUAAGAAAUAUUUAUAUGAAUUUUCUGAGGUUGAAGAUUUUGUGUUUUGUUCACUUAUAUUUUCCUAAAAGUUUGCACCCAGUAAAGCAUUUAUCAAGUGAUUAAAUGAAUGAACUAUUUUAAGAUAAAUUUAAAUGGGGUAUAAAAUCUGUUUUCCCUUUGUUUUUCUUUUUAAAAGUUAUUCUUGAGCAUUUUUCUCUCCCACACAUAUUUUAGAAUUAAUUUGGGAACUUAUGCCUUUGGAACAUCUUGAGAUUUUGCUUACUACUUCUGCACUGCAGUUUGUGGAAAAUGAAAAAUUAUGAAUCUUUCAUUUUGGGAGUAUGCUUUGUUUUUCUAUUUGUAUUUUGAUCCCUACAGGAAGGUUGCAGUUUUAUACUGGAGAAUUGCACAUUACUUUUAAAAAUUAUUUCUAUAUAUUUUAGUUUUUUCUUAUUCUAAAUGGAUUUUUUUUCUAGAAAUUUCAAAUUCAGUACUGCUGAUCUAAAGGAAAACUACUGAUUUUCUGUAUAUCAAUAUUGCUGAUAUUUAAAGUCACCUUACAGAACUCUUAUUAUUUUUUUCACAUUUUACUCUUAAUUUAUGAGUAGCCAGAUCAUCUGAAAAUUGAUAAUUACUUCUUUUGAUUUCUGAUAUUUCUAUUUCUAUUGUUAAUUGUAUUCUUAUCAGAAAUUGCUAGUACAAUACUAGUGAUAAUUUCUGAUGAAUCUGUUUCAUUAUUAAAUGUAAUUUUGUUGGAUGUCCCUUGUAGAUACAGUUUAUUGAGUUGGAAAAAUUCAUUUUGUGUGGGAUGAGUUUUAAUGAAAAAUAACAUUUUAGCCAGUAUUCCUUCAGACUCUUUGAGAUUGCCGUUUGAUUUUUCUUAUUUUAUCUGGUGAUGGUAAUAAAAUGCAUAAUACAUUUUUAAAAAUUAUUUAUUUAUUCAUUUGAAAGUCAGUUACUGCGAGAGAGGGAGAGACAGAGAGAUCUUCCAUCUGCUGGUUCACUCCCCAGAUGUUAACAGCCAGUGCUGGGCCAGGCCGAAACCAGGAACCAGAAGUUUCUUUCAGGUCUCCCACAAGAGUGGCAUGCUUGGGCCAUCUUCCAGUUUUUCCCAGGCCACAAGCAGGGAGCUGGAUCCGAUCUGGAGCAGCUGGAACAUUGAACAGGCACCCAUAAGGGAUGCUGGCAUCACACAUGGUAGUUUUAUUUGCUAUGCCACAGUGCUGGCCACAUAUUCUUAAACAUUGAACCAUCCUCAAAAUUUCUUCUUUAUCAUUAUAUAUUGGCUAAUACUGUGAACUUGAUGUAUUUCUAUUUCAUUGACAAAUUUUUUCAUGUGUGUUUAUUAGUAAUGAUCUUUGCUUCUGCUUUGUUUGUCUAGAUUUUGUGUCUGAAAUGAAAUACAGUAGGAACAAAAACUGAAAUAAACUUUAACAGAAAUAUUCAAUUCUCCAGAAGAAAACUGUAGGAUUUUCCUGUAGGGCUUAAAAGACAAAGAUAAAUAUAAAAACAUACCGUGCUUCCCUCAUAAAAUGAAUUAGGAAGUUUAAAUUUCUGUUCUGAGAUAGUUUUCUUAAAUGGACCAUAUUGCUUUCUUACAUAAUAUCCAUCCACAAACUAAUUUGGAUCUAUUACCUUUUGAGCAAUAGAUCUUUCAAUUAUUUUUAUCAUUUCUUCUAUAAUCACAGGUUGUCAAGCGUUUUUUCUCUGGUUUUGAGUCAAUUUUAGUAGUAUUUCCUUAAAAGAGUAUUUACUUUGUAUUUUUAAAAUUUUGGUGUGAUAAACUUUUUAAUAGUGUCUUCUUACCAGUUAUUUAAUGUUCAUAUCUAUGAUUGUUUCCUCAUUUAUGUUUACUGCUGUCUGUAUCUUCAAGUGAACUUACCGUUUUAUGUAUUUUUGUUAGUCUUUCCAAGAACCUGCUCUUGGUAUUUUACUCAUUAACUCAACUUUUCUACCUUCCAGAACUUGAAGUUUAUUUCCAGGCUUUCUGGUUUUUCUAGUAAGUACAUUUAAGGCUGCAUGUUUUUCUGUGUGUAUUAACUUGCCAAUAUCCCACAGGUUUAGACAUGAAAGCUAUCACUGUUAUCUACUGAUUAUGUUUCAACUUUGAUUUCCUUUUUAACAAAUUUCUACCUUUAGGAAUUUCUCAGUUUUCUGUGUGGUCUAAGAUAUAUAAUUGUUUGAUAAUGUUCAAUGUGUUUGAAAAUAAUGUAAAAAUCUCUGGGUUUGGGGGUAUGGAAUUUUUAUAUAUUAUGCUGUUUAUUUAUGUAUAAAGGGACUUCACAAGUUUGUGUAAAAUGGAGUUAAAAAUACAAAGUAUUUUUCAACAUAAUCUCCAUAGUUGAAGACACUUUUCUAAGUGUUGCUAUCAGCCAUUUGGUUCAUCCCUAAUAAAGAACCUGAAGGUCCUGGAAAUUUAA